AAGCGUGCCGCGGAUGUGGUUUGGGGGCGGUGGCGCAGUUCCGGAACUUUCGGACCGGGUCCUGGGGAGCAUAUCCCACUGAGACUUUGGCGGGUAGAGAUUGGUAGCCCCGAGGAGAGUUAGAGUCGUUCCCUGAUAGUUGCAGCUAAAUGUACUGAAAGCUGUGACUUGAUUCCUUCAGCAGCAGCGUGCCGACCUCCCGCUGGUGCCCUGCUCAGUUUAGCGCAGUGAGGCCUCUGAAGCUCUAAAAUAGAAUGGAUUUACCUGUGGAUGAGUGGAAAUCAUACAUUCUUCAGAAGUGGUCUUUGCUCCCAAAGUCAGUGCAAGUCACAAUUUCUACGGCAGAAACUUUGAGCGAAAUCUUUCUUCACUCGGCUUCAGUUCUUCGACCUGAAGAUGAAAUGUUUUUAAAAAGGCUUUGUAGAGGUUACCUCGUGGAAAAGGACCCUGAUGCUACUAUUUUCUACAGAGAACAAGGAAACAAAAAAUUUCAGAAGAAAGAGUAUGUGGAAGCCACAGUACUGUACUCUAAGGGAAUAUCACAUUCAAGGCCAAACACUGAAAAUAUUUCAUUGUGUUAUGCCAAUCGUUCUGCAGCCCUUUUCCACCUGGGUCAGUAUGAAACAUGUCUUAAAGACAUCGUCAGAGCCCAGCUGCAUGGGUAUCCAGAAAGAUUGCAACCCAAGAUGAUGUUGCGUAAGGCAGAGUGUCUGGUGACUCUGGGGAGACUACAGGAAGCCAGCCAAACCAUCAGUGAUCUUGAAAGUAACUUUGCUGCCAAGCCAACCCUAGAGGCUAUCCAGAAUCUGCAGAGAAAUCUCUGUCAUCUGAAAAUGAAGGUUCAAGAAAAGGAGAACCUCACAGAAACCGUCUCAGCAACUCUAACCAAAACCUUUGAGGAUAUGAACCUCAGGGAAGAGAAUGGACAAAUUUCCAAUGCCUCAUCAUCUGUUAGCUUACGCAUAGACCCUUUAAAAGGCCGCUAUCUGAUUGCCACAAAAGAUAUUCUCCCAGGAGAGCUCCUGGUGAAGGAGGAUGCUUUUGUGAGUGUCCUUAACCCAGGAGAAAUGCCACCACUACAUCAUGGCCUAGACAGCAAGUGGGAUACCAGAGUCACCAUUGGGGACCUCUAUUGUCACCGAUGUUUAAAGCACACUUUGGCCAUGGUUCCCUGUGAUGGAUGCAGCUAUGCCAAGUAUUGCAGCCAAGAGUGUAUGCAGCAAGCCUGGAAUCUCUACCAUAGUAUAGAGUGUUCUCUAGGGGGGCUGCUGCUUACACUGGGUAUCUUUUGCCACAUUGCUCUGAGGGCAACUCUUUUAGCUAGAUUUGAAGAUGUUGGCAAAGUCAUAAGAAAGCUGUAUGGUGAGAUUAGUGACAAGAACAUCUGUCUGCCUCAAAAUAAGAAUCAGGUGAAAAUGCUCAAUUAUGAUGACCUGGGAAGGGAAAGCGAGAAAAGUGACAGAACAGUUGAAACCCCGAUUCCUGGAUGCAAUAUUAAUGGGAAGUAUGAAAAUAAUUAUAAUGCUGUCUCCAGUCUUUUGCCUCACACUGAAAACCAUAACCCAGAACAUAAAUUCCUCUGUGCUCUGAGUGUGACUGUACUGUGCCGGCAGCUGGAAGCACGCAGUUUACAGACUCUCACACUGGACCUGAAAUCCCCUCCACCCAAAGCAGCAGGAUCUCAUGCCUUUGGUCCAGAGCUGACUGUUUGGGGAGUGGCCAUGCUGAAACACAUGUUGCAGUUACAGUGCAAUGCUCAGGCAAUAACUACCAUACAGCAAACAGGAUCUAAAGAGAGCAUCAUUACUGACAGCCGGCAGGUACGCCUUGCCACAGCCAUCUUCCCUGUCGUCAGCCUCCUGAACCACUCCUGCAGCCCCAACACCAGCAUGUCCUUCACUAGCACUGUCGCCACUUUACGUGCAUCAGAGCAGAUUGGAAAAGGACAAGAGAUUCUCCACUGCUAUGGACCUCACAAGAGCAGAAUGGGUAUUGCUGAAAGGCAGCAGAGUCUGAAGUCUCAGUAUUUCUUUGACUGCAACUGCUCAGCUUGUCAAAAUGAGAAGGACAGAAUUACUGCAGGGCCCAGGUGGGAAGCAUUCUGUUGUAACAGCUGUGGAGCGCUUAUGCAGGGAAAUGAUGUGCUGAGCUGUGGCAACACGUCUUGUUCGGAGUUGGUGAGGAGAGAUCACCUAGUCUCUCGGUUACAGGGCCUGAAGCAGCAGGUUGGAAUGGCCCAGAAGCUUCUCAGAAAUGGUAAACUAGAGCCAGCUAUUGAGCUAUUGUUGGAGUGCCAGCAUGAUGCGGAGAGCUUCCUCUCACCUGAGCACACAGUGAUAGGGGAGAUGGAAGACGACCUGGCCCAGGCCUAUGCCGCCUUAGGGGACUGGCAGAAGUCAGCUAUCCAUCUCCAAAAGAGUCUGCAAGUGGUUGAGGUUCGCCACGGUGCAUCCAGUGUUGAAAUGGGUCAUGAGCUCUUCAAACUGGCGCAAAUCUUUUUCAAUGGGUUUGCAAUACCCGAAGCUCUGAAUGCAACACAGAAGGCAGAAAAAGUUCUAUUGGUGCACUGUGGCCCCUGGAAUGACGAGGUCCAGGAACUGCAAAAGAUGAAAACCUGUUUAUUGGAGUUGUCAUCCAUCCAUACAAAACCUUCAGUGUAGGGUCCCCAGGGGCAAUUUCCCCUGGAGGAAAGGAACCCAAGGAAAUUAGAGAGGUUCUGUUGCUGGUAAGUUGCCACUAGGAACUAGAGGACUUACCCGACUGUCACAGUCUGGUGCUUGAGGUCAGGGAGGACUUGGACAGUAUUGCAGCGGGAGAGAGACACUUGCCUAUUUGGAAGAUUAUUUCCUGAAAUAGUUAACCACCCUCUAGUAAAAAAAAAAAAA